AUGCAGGAGUACAUGCGCAUGCAGAAUAAGGACACGCCUUUGGACACACGGCUAGGGGGGGUGGUUGUGGGGGGGGUGUGGGGUUGUUGGGGUGUGGGGGUUGGGUUUGGGGGUUUGGGGUGGUGUGUUUGUUGGUUUGGGGGGGUUGGGGGGUGGGUUGGGGUUGUGGUGGUGGUGGUGUGUGUUGUGGGGGGGUUUUUGGGUGGUGUUUUUUUGUGGGGGGGGGGUUGUGGGGUUUGGGGUUUGGUGGGUGGGUUGGGUUGGGGGGUGGGGGGGUGUGGGGGGGGUGUGGGGGGGUGGGGGUGGUGGUUGGGGGGUGGGUGUGGGUGGGUGGGUGGUGGGGGUGGGGGGGGGGGGGGGUUGGGGGGGGUGUGUGUGGGGUGGGGGGGGGGGGUGGGGUGGGGUGUGGGGUGGGGUUGGGGGGGGGGGGGUGUGUGUUGGGGGGGUGGGGGGGGGUGUGGGGUGUUGGUUGGUGGUGUUUGUGGUUGGUGUGGGUGGGUGUUUGUGGGUUUUUUUGGUUGGGGGGGUGGGGUUGUGGGGUGUGGUUGGGGGGUUGGUUUUUUUGUGUGUUGUUUGGUGGGGGGUUGGUGGUUAUUUGUUGGGGGUUGA